AUGCCAUUCUUUCGCAAGAAGAGUAAGUCGGAGAAGCAUCCAAACAUGACUAACAAGCCCCCUUCAAGGCCCGGGACCGCUGACAGCUUCUUCCUUCCACCACGGCCUCCACCGCCUCCUGCUACUGUGCCGAAACGAAACGACACAACAAGUCCGGCCAGUUUUGCAUAUGACAACGGGUAUGGCAGCCUCGACCAUCGACUGAUCGAGGAACAGCAAAUACCACCACACAUCAGAACCACAGACCAACUGGCAGACUUCAUCAGAUCUCGACGGCAAGACGACAAUGACCGCUCAUCGAUCUCGUCUUCGCACUAUUCCACAGGAGGCUCAACCUUCAUCUCCAGCGCCGAUUCCGCGCGGUACACGACCUUCAGCGUGCAAGCGAAUCCAUAUGAGCUUCCGCGGCCCGGAUCUCAGCGCUCCAGAAUGGCGCCGGACUCAUACGUACCUCCUCGGCCUUCGGUGUCGUACAUGCUUCCGCGACCUGGUCCUCACAUUGCUAGGGUUACCUCGAAUCCGAUGAUCGCCGGUCUAAGCAGACGCUAUGUUUCCAGUCCGGUUGUUCGUGUCCUUCCAGGUACGACUCGCAAACACCCAUAUCAGGGGUACUGGGUGAGCAGAGGCACUAUGAGGAAGGUGCCUGAAGCACCCGACGUGAAUAAUUGCGGUAAGCGUAAGCGUAAGGGAAAGAAGACAAAGUCGGCGGCGGAGAAAGGCCAAUACGUGGAGACCAGUGGCUGGUAUGACGAUUGA